UUUCUAGAAGUAGUUAGGACCAGCAAAGCAAUACGUGCAGUCACUCGAGUAUAUCGAAAUUUUAAUCAAGGAAUUAUUUAUUGUAACAAUGUAUUUAUUCAAAAUUAUUUAUAGCGAAUAAUAUAUGUGUUUUGUUAUUUGACGGCCAUUAAUAACAUUCAAGAAUCUAUAUAUUUUUAUAAUCAUGGCCUCAGGUAAUUUUUUAACGGUUAAAACUCGUUUAACGGAGUUUAAAAAUAAUUCGGACAAGGAUACAAUAAGUGAGGCAUCAGAAAGCGGCACGAGCAACUCUACGUCAGCUGAAGACCUCCAAAAACUCGCUGUGAUUCUCGGCUUGAAUAGCGUCGAAGAUGUAUACCAAGAACGGUUCCGUGUUGACAGACGCCGGUUGGAGACAAUGCUGGCUGAUAAUUUGGACGAAUCUCAAAUGGCACAAGCUUUCUUCCACCGGAUAAUGAAUGACACUAACACAUUGAUCAACUGGCCGACGCGUUUAAAAAUCGGAGCCCGCUCAAAAAAAGAUCCCCACGUGAGAGUGGCCGGCAGGGUGGAUGAUGUGAAAUUAGCAAGAGAAAAGAUUAUGCAGCUGCUGGAUACGCGGAGCAACCGUGUGACGAUGAAGAUAGACGUCAGCUACACCGAUCACUCGCACAUCAUCGGGAAGGGAGGACUAACAAUAAAACGUGUGAUGGAGGAGACCGGCUGCCACAUCCACUUCCCGGAUUCAAAUCGGACCAGCGCCAUUGAGAAGAGCAACCAAGUUUCGAUCGCCGGCGAUAUGGAACGCGUCGAGAGGGCCAGGGCUCGCGUUCGGGCACUAACUCCACUGGUGUUCUGCUUCGAGCUGCCGAUUGUGGCGCCAUCUCAGCCGCUGCCCGACAUCAACUCCCCAUACGUGCAGCAGAUACAAGAACAAUAUAAUGUGCAGGUCAUGCUCCGCAACCGUCCCAAGCUCCACGCAAACCUUCUGGUGGUGAAGGGAGUACAAUGGGAGGUGCAGGCCACUAUGGAAGCUACAGGCCUGCUCAUGAACUACAUGUGCGGUCAGCUCGCGAGCCAAACCCAUGUCCAAAUGUCGCUAGAAAUCUCCCCCAUCCACCACAACGUGGUCGUAGGCCGCGGCGCCGACCAACUCAAGGUCAUCAUGAAAGGAACCAACACGCAAAUCAUGUUCCCUGAUGCUGAUGAUCCUAACAUACCUGUGAUUAAGAAGAGUUGCGUCACUAUAACUGGACAGAUUAAGGAUGUUUACACGGCGAGGCAGCAGCUUGUGGGAAGCCUCCCCCUGGUAGUGAUCUUCGACGUACCCGAAGAGGCUUGCCGCUUGGAGCCCGACGCAGCCGUCAAACUGAUGCACAAAUACAACGUGUACAUCAACAUCCGCCGCAAACCGAAGCAGGGCAUCGCGUCCGUUGUCAUCAAGGGCAUUGAGAGAUGUGCAGGUGACCUGUACGAAGCACGCAGAGAAUUACUCGGUGGUAAGGAGCCCGUCAUCACGGCAGAGAUCCCGGAAUCCUACAGCAUUCCGGCCUUGCCAUCCAUGCCGUUCGUAUACACGCCAUUCUCUCCGUCGCACCCGACGUCCACCAACUCCCCGUGCUCGCCGUACAACCUGCAGCUGUCCGAGAUGUCCAACUACACCAGUCCCAUGUUUCAGACACCCACUCCAGGAGGCUACCCCAGCCCGCUGUCACCAGUUGCCAUCACACCCCCGGUCUACCCCAACACCUGGCUGAUACCGUCUCCCCAGCCCCGGCCCGGGCAGUUCCACUACCCCAGCAUGGUCAACGUGUACAAGAACAACGCUUGGAACCCUAUGUCAAACGGUCCAGACAUGGGCAGCAUGCAGCCACCAAUGAUGUUGCAGCCCACAUAUCAGCAAAUGCCCGAGGGUCGUCAUACGACGCUGAGCCAGCUCCUGAACUCCAGCUCGCAGGCGAGCAGCGGGUACCAGAGCAAUUUUACCGGAAGCUCCGUGUCUUUAGAUACGCAGAAUAUUUCUGGUGGCGAUAGGAGCAACAUCGCGUCUCCGUCCGUGUCUCCGAUCAGCAAGGGCCACAGUCCGGCGCCUUUGUCCGAGACGGAUCGCUCUCAACAGGAAAUAGCGAGCAUCGUAUCCGAUCUGCCUCUAUCGGAGCGACGCGCGCCAGGCUGUGAGAAGAAGACCCUCGAGACUCUCGGCAAACUGUCGCCUCUCACCGAGUAUCGCAAGAUGAAAGCCGAAGCUAGCAAGGCCAUGCAAGAGAAGGUGGGCAGCAACUACCGCAUGCCGACGACUCGCUGGUCGGGGUACUACUUCAGCCACACCUCCCCCGGACCCAUCAACAUGAAGGAAGAAGUGACCGCUACUCCUGAAAAAGGCUGGAAUAAAUCGGAGCUCGUGCGACCCAAUAUUAUGGAGAAGCCUUCGCCGCCUCAAGCUGCACAAAGUUCGGGGAAGCCUUGCCGUUACCAGCAAUUGUAUGAGCUGCUUCGCGAGAUAGGACUGCAUAAAUACAUUGAUUUGUUCAAGAAGCACGAGCUAGACAUGUCUACGUUUGCGUCUCUCAGCGAGGCUGAUCUGACUGAGAUAGGCGUCACCGCCUUUGGGGCUCGCAGGAAGAUGCUGCUAAUCAUCGCAGAGCUGCAAAAACAAGCGAGCGGGUACAAAGCGGCCGGCGCCGAGCGCAAGCUCGUCACCUCCCCGCAGUACAACACCAGCGCCCUCACGCAGGACAAGUGGUAGCUCGCUCAGUACGGAGUCGGACCAUACACGAGGCCAGUUACCAAAGGAAUCCUAAACACGUUCAUACUCAACCCACGGUCCGCGGACCCCUAGGGCUUUUGACCCUGGUAUUAUCCUUGCCAUCCAAUCACCUUUAGAGUCGCUCCGCGCUAGCGUCUUUUGAGCGUCGGCGUCUAGUCAGCGCUAUGGAAAAUGGCGUCGCUGCGCAGUUGCGCCAACGUUGCGUCGAGCAUCGGCCCUAGAGUUGACUAGACGCUGACGCUCCGGAGACGCUAAUGUGGGGUGGAAGCUUUUAAGCAAAUUCAUCUUGCGGCCCGGGGCUACAAGUGAAAACAGUUUGAGUAUAGCCAUUAUAGCCGUUUUACACGGGACCAGUAAUCAAGACAGUUAACUUAAUAUAGCAUUAAAAAAAUAGACUAGCUUGAUUAGGAUUUUCUUUAUUUAUAUACCAUGGUAACUGACCUCUAAACACUAUUAAUGAUCAUUAGUAAACCUUAUUGUAAGGAGAUAAGCUCUAUUAAUGGUCAAAAGUUUAUUUAUUCCUCAAAGGACGACAAUUUAUAAAUGUCUCUCGUCAAGAUCAGACGCAUUUCGUCAACUCUUAAUGUUUUCAACUGAAACUAUAGCAGAACCUGCACACAAUGCCAAUUUUGUGUAGAUUCUUAGCUCUAUAUCAUUAAGGUAGGUAAUUGCAUAAAAAAAUAGUCUCAGUUUUUAUUCAUAAAGAAAAAUAACCCUCAUUCCACUUCGGUAUGACCAAAAACCUUAUAAAUGUCACAGACAUUGGAUACUAAAGUGACGCUGGACGUUAAGUUUAGAAAACUGCUUACAAAAUGACAAGAACUUACCCCAAACUGCCUGGGGUCCGCAGACGGUGUCUUAUAGACAUUCCCUACACUAGACCGUGUCACAGUGGCAGGCCAGACAUAUAAUAAAAUAGAACCGAAUUACACCUCUCUAAUGGAUGUAUUUUUCUAGCAUUUUCUUGGACAUGCACCGAUAAUUGGCUGCAUUGUCUAUUGUUGUGGACAAUGCCGGAAAAUGCUUCAAAGUACGUCCACGGAUAUAUGCAACUAAAAAACUAAGUUUAUAAUAAAUUGUCGUCAAAUGGGUGUACCAAAGCAGUGCGUAUUUCACAAGAAAACGUCCAAAAAUAUUUAACAUGUUUUCUUACGAUCAGCAAUGCUUACAUUUGAAUUAUUGAUUAGUCUUUCAGUUCUUUAUAUGUUUAGACGUUUUAACAAUAAGAAAUCCGCUCUGUGUUCGUGUAAACGUACAUUUACAAGCAGGAUCGAGAGCUACCUAAUGAGGCUAUAGACAGAACAAUUGUGUAUCACAAAUGAAUAUAAUGACCCAUGUUUUAAAUCGAUGAUAAAUAUAUAGAUUCAACUAAACGACGUGCAAACUUGACUGACGGUCAUAUCUUCAUUUGCUGAUUGUACUUUUUUUAAUACCUCAAUCGUGACCAAAUCUUUGAUUAUUAAGACUGAUUAUGACUGGAGUAAAUAAAGUAACUAAUUAUGUACGCUGAUAAAUAUAAUUUACUCUAAAUCAGUGAUCUCAAAGAAGACUUGUUUAAGUGCCUUAUGCUGCGUUUACAUGGUAGGUAGCUACUAGCUACUGCGUACAACGGCCGAAACUACUAGACAAAUUAAGUACUUUAAAUGAGAUAUCAAGAUAUAGAUAUAUAUUGUUCGCUGUAGCUCGUCGCGCAUUUAAACACAGCUUUAUAAUUAAGAAGAGUAACGCCGCAUUUACAUUCUUGCCAAGCAGAUAUUUUUUUUGUGCUUGGCAAGUUUGUAACUAAAUAAUCUAAAUGCUCAAAUAAGGUACAAUUAUCUAUUUAAAAUACUAGAUGUUCCUAUAGGUUUAGAAUUAAUGGAAUGUCCUUCCUCGCGUAGAUCGCCCGUUGAUUUCUAUGAGAUUUUAUUACAUAUCUAGUUUUAACUUGUUUCCUUUUUAUAGAUUUUUAUGAUAGCUUAAAGCGAUACGACAAUUUUUGAAAGACUAUUGUUGAAGUAAACGGGCCUAGCGCCAAUAAAUUAGUGUUAAGAUUAACUAUAAUAACCUAAGAUCGUAUAAUCAUUUAGCUUUAGAUGAAGCAUGUUUUAUUUCUUGAUUUUAACCAUCCAUUUUUAGCAUUAUGGUGCGACUAAAUAUAAAUUAUUUUCGUUAUUACAUUUCCUACGCACAACUUUGGGAUCGAAUCAAAUUAUUUUUAUUACAUAUUUUUGAUUUGUGUUUUAAGUAGUCACACUACUAUAUAUAAAUUAUAAACUGAAAUAGAUGUUAUAUAUUAAAGAAAAAGUGGCGAAGCCCUCCAGGGUUCAAGGCUUUUCUUUAAUAAAUGACCUCUAUUUCAGUUUACAUUUUCUAUGCUUUUAAUAUUUGAUUAUUUCACUAUUGGGAAUACAGCGACGGUUUCUUUUAUUUCAUUUAUCGAAAAUCAGGAAAAUACCAAUCUUUACUCCUUUUUAAAACAUAUUCUGAAGAAUAUGAUUCUAAAGGAAGCAAUCAGAAUUGGUUUCUGACUAAGAAUAAUCAAAUAUCGAAAUAUUUAGGAUCGCGCAAAUUGACUUGAUUUUAAAAAGGACUCACAUAAGUAAACAGAAUAGAUGCUCACAUACCUUUUAACCUUUUUGUCGCCUUUUAGAAUGUCAUACUUGGUGUUAAAGCUGUUUAGGGUGAUGACAGUGACUGGAACAAGUUUUUUUAGCAUGCGAGUGUUGACCGGGUAGUACUACGAAAAAAAACUGUGGCUGUCCCUAGUAGGAAAAGUUUCAUGGCUAGUACUGUCCGUGUUGGCGCUUGUAUGCCAGUUGCUUGCAUGCCAGCAACUGGCAUUGUAUAAAUCGGCUUUAAUGGAAUAUUGACUAUCCAGGCUCUGGCGGCAAAAAGGUUAAGUGACAAUUUCCAAUGGACAGUCACAAAAAAGCAGUUAUAUUUUAAUCAGUUAACAUUUUAAUAUUUAUCAGUAAUCGUUAUUUAUAUGAUUAUGAAUUUAGGUUUUUUACUUAGUUUUUACAUGUGCAUUUGUAUUUUAACCAUAUUAACAUACUAAUUUAUUGUGAAUGCUUUUUUAAUGAUGUAUUUUCAUAUUUUUGUGUUAGUGGGAAUUGUGAAGUGUUGGUACAUAAUUUUCAUGAUCUAGUGCUGUUUAUUUUUUAAUUCAAUCACCCAAAUUGAACCAUGGAAUUAUGUAUCGAUUCAUUUACUUUUUAUUUGGUUUCUUUUAAGAUCUGAUGUAAUUUUAAUCAUGAACUUGUGAUUUGAUAAAUAGUUUUAAAGUAUGAUUAUGAGAUGUUUAACGUUAUCUUUUAGUGUUUAAAAAUACUAUACAAGCUACUAUUGAUUUGAUAUGUUUAAUUAAGAUAAGUGAUGG